CUCGGCAGAAGGGUAGGACCGCAUCCCGGAGCUGCCAGAAGUAGCUAGCUCUUUAUCCAGACGUAACCUUUUCCUGUUUGGUUAAUAAUACCAAAGAGAGCCUUUCGGGGCUUUGCCGUCAAGGUUACUCCACAGCCUCACCUGGAAAUUUAAGUCUGAAUCGAGAGGCAACACAUCUCAGAGCGUCUGCCGACACCACGGAUAAAGUGACGGACGGAGCAGAGCCUGCUCUCCGGGAUUUUACAUCGCAUCGCAUCAGUUUAGGAUAUUCAGGCAGCUACUUUGGCCCAGCCUUGAUCUCUUUCAGGGUACCUUCACACAAUAUUGCCUAGAUGAAAACAUUUGAAUGAUACAUUUCUCAUAAGGUCGUCAAAAUUGAGCUGGCGGACCACGAAACCCAUGCGUAACAGCGGGGGGAUUUUUUUUGGAAUACUGCGUAGCCGCUAAACCUACCCAGUGUGUCGGUUAAGAGUUCUGCUAUUUGGAGAUAUCUUCAAGCGAGAGGAAGAUCAACCGGGACCCUGUACCUACUUUGAUUCGGAGGCUAAACGGUGAAAACCCGAAGCACUCUUGGUGCGCAAUCCUUCUGAGGACGCUCUUGAAAUUGCCGACCUGCGCUUUUGCCCUCGACAAAAAUUGGCAGCCGAAUCGAGAAAAAAAAGGCAAAGCUUAUUAACUUUGCAUGCUAGAGGCUAGAGUGUGGAAUCUAAUUUGCAGGGUUACCGCUACAUUUGCAUACCGUCGGAAGACGAGGAUAAACUUAAUCAACAUUUGACAUCGACAAAGCAGCAGCUGGAUUUUGGGGCAACAGAAUGAAUCCGUUUUAAUUUGGACCGCAGAAGUAUGAGGCAGAUUGCUCAGUGAAUGCUACGAUCUGCAUGGAGUUCUAGUGUACACUACGGAGCAAUUUAUGGUUGGCCGCAGAACUCCCCCGGCUGUUGUACUGUGCCCACCUCGCCAUGCUGGCCUGUUUGCAGAGGAGGCAAAACCCUCAACCCCAGCACCCAGUGUGUGCCAGCAAGACCCUGGAGCCACCACAAGCCCUUGGACGGAAAUGUGAACUAGUAGUGCCCACACACUCCCCUCGCUACCCCACUGCGGCAGAACUUGAUGCCUAUGCUCAGAAGACAGCCAACAGCCCGCUGUCCAUCAAGAUCUUCCCCACCAACAUCAGGGUUCCCCAGCACAAGCACCUUAACCGGACUGUAAAUGGAUAUGACACCACAGGUCAACGCUAUAGUCCCUACCCACACCUCCACACAGGGGGCUACCAGGGUCUCCUUGCUAUUGUUAAGUCCUCCUCCUCCUCAUCGUCAUCAUCGUCAACAUCCACCUUCGUCUCUUCAAAAGGUGUUCUCAAGAACUCCGAAGGCAGACGGACUAAGCUCUCUCCAGCCCACAUAGCUGUUGCCCCAUACCCGCCCCCUAGUAGUAGCACUUUAGCCAGUGGCCAUGGCCAAAUGGUAUACCACACUGGGCCCUCAAAGCCUCCAGAAGGCCCCAGACUGUCAGUGCCCCCAAAUGUCACUGUAGCUGGCUCAGUGAUCCCUGUAACGGGGGGCCGAGGCCUGGCCUUGCCCACGCAAUCCAACCUUCCCUCCAUUCAGAGCAUCAUCUAUCAGAUCAACCAACAUUGCCAGGCCCAGGCUCUGCAGCAGGUGUGUCAAGGGGCUGCCACCGCACCAUCGAAUUCCAGCCCUUCCAAGCAGGGCGCGGCUGUCAUGGGGGUCUCUUCUAGCUCCUCCGGUGGAGGCUAUGUGGUAGGAAUGGGUCCCCAGGCUAACAUGGUAUAUACAGGUCAGGGGCUGCCGGCUCAGAACUCAGAGGCGAUGAAGACUGGCGUGUACGCAGAUGGUAUGGACUACAUACUAUGGCAGAAGCAGCAGCAACAGCAGCAGCAACAGCAGCAGCAACAGGCUGUGCUCCGCAUGUACAGUGGAGGCAGUGGAGGAGGGGGCGCCAUCAGCAAGUCCCCUGAAACUUGUGUUCCAGGAGGAGGGAUUAUGGGGGCCCAGGUGUCCUCCUCUUCUUCUAGACCUUACCACCUGACUGCCAGUGCCAGUGGAGGAGGCGGGCUGGACAAAGUCAGCUCUUCCCCUUUGAACUGCGUGGGUAUGCACGGAAACUUCUCAGUGGGUCAGUACUUUGCGCCGCCGUGGAACAGCGUGCUGGUGACACCUGACAGUGACUGCUACAAUCCCCAGGAGUUUUUGGGCACCUCCACUGGAGGGCCAGCAACAGGGCACAGAGAGAUGGGCUACCCUCACCACCAUCACCACUAUCACCAUCACCAUCACCACCCUGCUAUAGACAGCGGGGGAGGUUUGUGUUGCAGCCUGCCCAGCAAAAGCUUGUGCAACACGUCUGUGCUGAGCAGCAGCUUGCAGUCUCUGGAGUACCUGAUCAACGACAUCCACCCACCCUGCAUCAAGGAGCAGAUGCUUGGCAAAGGCUACGAGACUGUGUCUGUGCCACGUCUCUUAGACCACCAGCAUGCACACAUCCGCCUCCCUGUUUACAGAUAGAGGGGGAAGUAAAGGAAACGAAUCAAGAGUUGUGAAUUUGUGAAGAAUCUCAAAGUUUAAAAAAAACAAAAAAAAACAUGUUUUUUUUGGGAGGGGGGGCAGGGGGUUGAUGCGAGUGCCACUGCUUUAACUAGUGUGGGUGCUUAGAGAAGAGCAGUUGUUGUGCUUUGUGGCCCUAGGUUUGGUGGUUUCAAGGUAGGCUGUGGAAAUCCCAAAUACAAAAAGUGGUAGUGAUUGCCAGUGGGAAUGAAAAGGGAUUUCACGAUUCUCCUGAUGUUCCAGCUUGUGGUUUGCCAAUAGGAUUUUGAAUUCAUUAUAUUUUUUGGUCUCCUGUUUUUGUUUUGUUUCUUUCUUUUUCACCUGCCUGAACCUGUUUUGACCAGAGUCAUAGCUUGACAUGAAGUGCAUAAGCCACUUGUAUCCCCAUUCUAAAUACUAAGGAUGAAGCUACUGUGUAGGUUGUCACUGAAAUGGUCACAAAAGGGCCAAUAUUUAGGGCUGCUCUCAAAAUCCAAACUCUGUAACAGUACACACACGUGAACACGUACAAAAGACAAAAAAACAAAACAUGUACUGACAAAUGAAAAGAUUAUAGGCUAUACUCGGGUGUUAUGUACAAGGAUCAUAAGGUUGAAUUAAAAGGCUAGUACAAUAUUAGUUAUUAUUGCUGUUAUAAUAAUUGAUACAUAAAUUGCACUGCUUGAAUUUUGUUAACUUUGAAGUUUGGAAUUGGGUAGUUUGGAUAUGAUAUAUUUAAGAAACUUGAAAAACUUGAACCUAUUUUUUGUUGUUUGAUAUAUUUGUAGGUAUAUUAUAUGUAUUUGGCUGCUAUGGGGAAAAGUGUCUCAAAUGCUUUUUUUUUUUUUUCAAUUUAAUUUUAUUAUUUUCCACUUUUUGUUUUGAUGACUUAAUAAUUUCUCCUCUGGCUGACGUGCAGUUUCUUAUGUCCUGGUGUGAGGCAUAGUUGCUGCUUUGGUUCUGUAAGAACCUGUUUGGAGAGCUGUUUUUUUUUCCUAACCAACACUGGAAUCUACAAUAAAUACUUAUUUAAAAAGAAAACAUUGCAAAAAAGAAAAAAACAUUACAAGAAAAAGAAUUGUUACAAUGAAGAAUGUGACUGGGAGGUUAUCUGCAUAACCUUACAUGUAUGUUAAUGCGUGUACGUGGCUGAGUGCAUGCGUGCGUGCUUUGUCUUUUUCUUUUUUAAAUUUGUGUUCUUCAAAAUCCUCAGACUUUUUUUUUUCUUCUUCUCAAAUUCUGUCAUUACAAGAUUUUUACCACCAAGACUGAAAGACUGAGUCACCGGUCCCAUAAACAUUAUAUCUGCAUAAUGUACGGGAGAUGGUUUGCAAAUCGAGCUCCAACCCCUCUUAUUUAAUUUUUAUUUUUGGAGGCUUUAGAUUUUCAGUGGAGCUAGAGAGCAGUUUCUCACGUGACUCCUUUAUGACUGUAUUUACAGCACUACAGCCUCUUCAUCUGUCAGGUGCUAUCAUCAUGAGAAAGUGGUGGAAACAAAUGGAGAUCAUAUCUUCGGGGUGCUAUUCACCCCUAAUCCUGCAAACAAAAACAAAUGAAAACAAUCAUGCCCUGUCCUCUGGCAUCAGAUGAAAUGAGACUCAAAGCUCACUGCUUUUCAUUGUCCAUUUCAGCCCCUGGUUGGGAUGCGUUUAGCUGAGGCCAGUCUUAACUUGAUGAUUCAGAGCAGUGAAAUAUUUAUUAUGACUGUGAGAUUCCCUUGAAUGUACUGCACUUAAAUUACUGCGAUGUUUUAUUGCCUUGUGGGACUCAAGUGAAAGAGAAAAAUUGGAUCAGUGCAGCAGUCCUCUGGUCUUAAAUUAGCAUUUCUUUUGUCAGUCAAAUUUGAGUAGUAAAUUGAAUUUAUUAACUGCAGAGGGAGAAAGAACCAGAGCUUUGUUGUGGGGAAAUACUGGCAUUAGUCUAGAUUUAUGAAGUGCAAUUAUUAUGACUGUAUUAACAUUUUUUUCUCUGAGCUUACACCAAAAAAAAUGUAAACUACAGUUGUCAAUACAUUCCCAAUGUACCACAUCCCUAAUCCUUAUCCAUCUUUUGUUUUGAGGUGUAAAAUAAAUUUCUUUAAAAAUUUAUUCAGAAGCCACAUUUCGGCUUUGAAGUCUGUGAUUAUUUUUUAACAUGUGACCUCUAAAAGGCAGUGGGAAGCUUGGGAUAUUGUCACAGCAGCUCUGUGAGACCCAGAGUGGAAUACGGUGUGUGAUAUCGCUCGGAUAAUGUGCUGUAAUGAUAAACGUAGUAGUAGUAGUGCAUUUAGAUGAUCCUCUUUUAAAUGUUUACACUUUGGCCAUCCAAAGAUAAAGGACAGACAGCACUGCUGGAAAACAUUAACCGUUAAUACUGAAAUGCGACGGAUGUUCAAACGAAGAAGAAGCAUCGUUAUGAUUUGAUCUUUUCCCUUAAUUAUUAACGAUGAGCCUUAAAUUUUGAGGUAAUGGUGUUUGUAGGCAUGCCACUGUAUCUGAAAGCUGACAGAGAUUCCAGUCUAAAGAGUACCAAGCCCCUUGGCUUAAAUUUGCACAGUAAGCCUCUUUAACAUUCCAGUGAAAUUUUUCAUGUUGUUUCAACAGCUUAAUGCCCCAGCCGCGGUCUGAUUCCAGCAUAUUUUCUGUCUUGUAGAAAUAUUUUGACAGAUUUACAGAUACAUCCCUUCCCAAAAUCCCUUCCGUUUGGCUUCGGCAUCCAAGCAUUAAACCCUGUCACAUGAUGUUGAAGUGAAGAGGAGACACUUGAGGCACUGGAGCUUCUAGUGUCUGGCCUUUCCCACCAGUGGAGGUCUGAGGCACCAGGCCUCUCUACUAAUGGGAAUAUUGGGUGACGUCUGGCUACAGGACACAGCCAGCAGAGAGUAUUCAUUCAGUCAAAGGGCUGAAAUCAAACACCUUUCAAAUAGCAAGGGAUUUCCUCUUAGAUACUGAGAGAAAUCUGGCCAUUUGAAGCCAACUUCAGCCGAAUAAACAGCAAAAUUACGUGAAUAAGAUAAUUUGUCAUUUAGAAAAAUACAAAGUUAAAAACAACAACAGUUUUAUUUAGCGUAAGGUGACUCUGUGCCUUUGUGGCCACCUUUCAUUAUGUGCAGGCUCCAAACUGUCUGUCCCCUUGGUCCUUUACACACGUUAAUGAGCUUCUAUUGAUGGGAUGCAUCUUAUCCCUGGAACUGUGGUCCAUUCCUCUGUUCCUGAUUUGGACAAUGGACGCUUAGCCCAUAUUAGGAUAAUAGAAUUAAAUUUCAAAUAGAUUUGUGCCUGGGCUGAUCCAGCCACGGCUCACUCAGCUGUAGAGGCAGAGUGGCAUAUGGCAUGUCAUUAUCUAAGCCCACCCUCCCCCUGGCCGGGGCCAACUGGGUUCAGCAGUGCUUAAACAAACUGAAGGUUAGGACUGGCUGGCUGGCUGGUGUUAAAGAGGAGGAUAGAACGGUUUUCCGUGGGUGAGUGGGUGGGGGGAGGCUGCUAAAUCACAGCCUCCGCGGCGUCUCUGAGGGCCUCAGCACUGCACCCUGGCACCUGGGCUCAGAGGCCUGCUUUAAAGGCUGGGCUGUGUUUGAUCGAGGGGAUUUGUUUUCUGUUGGAUUAUACAUGGUUGUUCUCUGCCUGGCUGAGGGGUCCUGUGCAAUGUGACAGAUCCCAGCAAAAAAACAAAAAAAAGGAGGGGGUGGAGGGAGGAAAGGAUAUGGGCAAGGAUUUGGGGGUCAGAGAAGCCUUGAAACAUCAGUAAUCAGAAUAAUUGCCAUAUUCCUGGUGCUGGUUGCAGCCUCCCCUGUUUGGCUCUGCGGUCACAUAUCAGAUUGAAGGCCAACUGAAAUCACCUCUCUGGCUGAAAGACUUAUUGUGCCUCAAUCUGAUUUUCCUAAGUAAAAAAACAAACAAACAAAAACUUCCCUUUAAACUUUUUAAAACUUCCAAAAAAUAUUUUGUCCAAGAAAUUAUUAAUGACACAGAAAUCUGUCUGAAUGAGGACAUUUGGAUCUGUAAUUUAUCGCUGUAGCAACAGACCGAUAUUGACUGUUAACACAUUUUCAAGGGCAGUGAGACGCUCUCAAGGAUGGCUCGAGGGCAGAACGAAGGUGAAAUGACUUAUGCUGGUUGUAAAAAUCCCUUAGUAAAUCCCAAUAAGUCCACGAAGACCUUUACCCAGUGUAAAGGUCUAGUUGCAUAUUAUGCGCCUUAAAUACUGCUGAGAAGAAAGGAGAGCAGACGGGGUCGUUCAAAGCAGGGUCAGCUCUUUCACUCUCGGAAGAGAGGGGAGGGAAGGACAAAAAAAAUAUAUAGGCAGCUGCUCACUCUGUAGAGUCUUGGCGCUGCUCUAAUCUACAGAUGACAGGAGGGGGAGAAGGCCCAAGCGCCCCCCGCCCCCUUCCACAAUGAUUUGGUCAACCUCAGUCAUGUCCCCUGGCUGCCCUUGGGCCCCUGGGGCUCUCAUCUCAGAGUUCUUCCCAGCAUCCCUCCUUAACAUUACAUCCACAAGGCCAUUCCUCUCCAUUUGGCUCCUACCUAGAAAGAAAAUACCUUAAUCAAUACUUCAGAUGGUUCUGAGGAGGCUUGUAUAGUUAAUCCACCAGCCUUAUUGCUGUAUUGCACAAUACCAUUAAAAGAUUUUGCUGUGUUUUGUCGCAAACGUUCAGCACACUGCUGUCUCUUUAGUGCUGUCUGAUAGAACUGGAUGGGUCACAUGUGAGCGCUGUAGAAUUUAAAUUUUGUUUUCAGCACCUGUUAAAUGCACCGCAAGGUAAAAGAUCAGCACAGAUGACGAAAUAAAUCAGGAUCUUUAUCCCAAAAGGCACAGCCUCGGAGCCCUUUUCUGAAAGGCAAUGCAGCGGGGCAUAAUUCCAAGAGCGUUUUUAUUUCUUCAGCGCCACAAGUAUGUAUGUUCAGCUGAGAAAGCUUAUGGCCUCCAAAUAUUCAUCUUGUUUACGCUGUGGGGAUAUUGCUGUAUCCAAUCAAAACUCAAAAGUCUGGGGAUUUUGCUUAUUUUCUUCCUGAUUCCUUUCACUGUUUGUGAGGCUCUCCGAAUGUUCCUGUGGACAAACAGGGCUGUUUUUCCCGAACGAUCUCAAAUGCACCAACGCUGCCAAAGUCUGAGGGUGCCGCAACCUUGAGAAAAUAAUAUAUAUGGAAAUGGGAAAUCUAUAAAGCAUCUCUCUUAUUGUUCUCCCUGCAGUGUUGUAUUUAUGUUUAAAAAUGAUUUUGUCUCCUCAGGAUGAAAAUAUGUAAAGAAUAUCUUCCUUUUUUCUUUUUUGGAAAAAUUAUAAUAUAUGAGACUCAGAUUUUGAACUAAGAAGUCUGAAUAUUUAAAAAAAAAAAAAAAAGAAAGAAAAAAAGCUGUAAAAUCCUUUAGUCGUGGGGUUUUCAACUUUUGAAUGUGCCUACAGCCAAGCAUCCCAGUGAUUGCUUACCCUCUCCAGUUCUGCAAUCUCCCCCUAAUCUCCCCACAACCAUCAUCUUCAAUUUGCUGAAACUGCCACUGUCCCUCCUCCAUCCCAACGAUCACAGUAGAUAUUUUGUCUGUUCUCCCUGCUUUUUGUCAAUCUCAGGACUGAAAUUUCUUUAUUUUAAAUGUAGAUGGUUGGUUUUCUUUUGACCUCUCGUCUCUUAUGUAUUAUUGUUUGACAUAAGUAAAUAAAGCAGAUGACUUCUA